UCGAGUUUUUACACAGCGAUUCAGUGUUGUAUCAAAAUUUACGUUAUAAAACGGUUUUUUUCUGCAUUAUAAAAUAUUGUAGGUUCCAAUUUAUAAAUUAAUUUGUAGCUAAAAAUGUCGCUCAAUGCAGAAUCAUUAAAUGUUGAGGAGCAACCUGAAUUCCUUGAAGAAUAUUCAUCAGAUGCAACAACUUACCCCGAAUCGGUAUUGAUUGCGCGAAACAGAUUUUGUCGAUUGUGCCUCAAAAAAUCCGAUAACUUUUUGCUUCCGCUGGUGGCGAAGCUGGAACUUGUAAGCGUAAUGGAAAUGCUGGUUGAUGUGACCGGAAUCGAGAUUGAAGUGAAUCCCUUAUACCCGACAAAAGUAUGCACCGAUUGUAUGACAAAGCUAGACUACGCAUAUUCCGUCCGGCAGGAGUUCUUGAAUAGCUCAGAGCUACUGCUGAAGUUGGCAGUUGAGAACCGACUUUCGGCCUAUUAUGCACAGUUUGACGACAAGGUAGCAGUUGAUAUUCAGAUUUUUAAGACUGAAAUAGAUGUCAUUCCGGAUAUUCCCGAUCACGGAAAUAAAGAGACAGUGAAAGAAGAUGUUGCACAGUCUAGUAAAGGUGAGAACAACGAGGAAGUCGAUCGAAUUACAAUUCCGGAACAGCAAGAAAGCCCAACAAUAACGGCUGAGACUGAAGCAGUUGACCAUUGCGAAGAAUUGGAGAAUGCCAUUCCAGAAGUUGAAAAAGAAAAAUUUGUUUAUUCGUGGAAAGAACUGGUAAAACCUAAAAGAAAGAAAAAAGAGAAACCGAAGAAUCCUCUAACGGGUAUAAAACGGAAGGCAAAAGCGGAUGUCAAGCUGCUGGAGCAGUUUCCGCAAACGACGUGUUACAUUUGCGACCGGUCACACCAAACAUUAGAACAACGGGAUGAACAUCUCAAUAGUCACAUCGGAAUGGUUCCCCAUAGAUGCGAAACUUGCAGUACCGAGGCGGAACCGGUUGUUUCAAAAAGCGUUAUCACCUUAAAUCGACACCGGUUGAUGCACCGCUUGCCCCACAAAUGCGAAUUCUGCUUCCGGCGGUUCAUCUCUAGCGGUAGCCAGUACACGCACGUUUGGAGUAUGCACAUGGGGGACACAGAAGGACUGACUUGUGAUUAUUGUGGCAAGGGGUUCAAUCAAAAGCGAUCCUUCCAGGCGCACGUUCGCCGGCACCGGUACAAAGCGAACGGAAAAUAUAAGUGCAAUGUGUGUGGUGAAACUUGCGGCUCUAGUUUGCUUUUGGUAAGACACAAACGGAAGCAUACCGGGGAAAAGAAUUUCGUUUGCCCUUACUGUUCGAAAUCGUUCAGUCGGGCGUGCAAUCUGUUGACGCACAAACGAAUACACACCGAUGAGCGCUGCCACAAGUGUCCGGACUGCGAAUGUACCUUUCGGAAUAUUGUUACCCUACGGAAGCAUCAGGAGCGUUAUCAUUUGGGCAAAAAUCCAACCUCGAAAAUCGAUCGAAAUCCUUACGUUAUCCUGGAGGACGGCAGAAAGCAAUUCACCUGCAAAUAUGAUGGCUGUGCGUUCACUGCCUACAGCAGCACGUCUAUUUCUCGCCACAAAGCACGACACUCGAAACGGUUUGCCUGCGGGGAAUGUGAUAAACGAUUUGCGGAGCCAAAUCUUGUUCGCCGACAUCAGGAAUCCAUACACAGCGGGAAGAUGCGAAAGGCAAGUUCAAAUCAGGUGACACCAGCAACGGUUUCCCAAUCGGAGGUUGGAAACGAGAUAUCUGUUGAGAUAAUCGAUGAACCACUUAAAAUGGAGCCGGAUUACGAAGUAGAGAUUGUAGAUGAAAUUGGAAGUACAGUCGAAGUGGUUUACACACAAUCGUAGAAUGCAAUAUGGUAAUAAAAUUGGAGGAGAGCUACUAGGAGGAAACCGAGAAUGUGUUUUUUUUGUAGUGAAAUUGGUUGAUUUCUCAUUAGACGUGAAAUGUAAAAAUGGGAUGCUGUUAAAUCCCAACCAAGCUAGUUCUGAAAUAG